AUGAGGACGGAAGUGAUAGAAGGCAAUAACACCAAACCUAGUGCUCCUCUCCUGGCCCAACGAUACCCGAGAAUGGUCACGAAAGAUGGGCACAGCACUCUCCACAUGGAGGGUGCUCGCGGGAAAGGCCUUGCAUACCUGAAAGAUGCUUGGGGAAUUUUAAUGGACAUGCGCUGGAGAUGGAUGAUGCUAGUAUUUUCUGCUUCUUUUGUCCUCCACUGGCUGGUCUUUGCCGUUCUCUGGUACUUACUAGCAGAGAUGAAUGGGGAUCUGGAAAUUGAUCAUGAUUCCCCACCUGAAAACCACACGAUUUGCGUAAAGUACAUCACUAGCUUUACAGCUGCAUUUUCUUUCUCACUGGAGACACAGCUCACUAUUGGUUACGGCACGAUGUUCCCAAGUGGAGACUGCCCAAGUGCAAUUGCUCUACUGGCUAUACAAAUGGUACUGGGACUUAUGCUGGAGGCUUUCAUCACAGGUGCAUUUGUAGCAAAAAUUGCCCGCCCAAAGAACCGAGCUCUGUCUAUCCGGUUCACUUAUUCUGCAGUAGUGUCACACAGAGAAGGAAAGCCUUACUUAAUGUUCCAAGUGGCUAAUACUCGCCCAAGCCCUCUCACCAGUGUUCGGAUUUCUGCAGUGCUUUAUGAAGAACGGGAAAAUGGUCAGUUGUAUCAAACGAGUGUGGAUUUUCAUCUGGACAGCAUCACGUCUGAAGAAUGCCCAUUCUUUAUUUUUCCCUUAACCUAUUACCACUCCAUAACUCCAUCUAGCCCUCUAGCUAUUCUCCUACAAAGGGAGGCUUAUCGUCAUUUUGAACUAGUAGUCUUCCUUUCAGCCACACAGGAGGGCACAGGAGAAACAUGUCAAAGGAGGACAUCCUACCUACCAUCUGAGAUCAUGUUACACCACCACUUUGCCUCCAUGUUAGCUCGAGGCUCCAAAGGGGAAUAUCAAAUCAAGAUGGAAAACUUUGAUAAGACAGUCCCAGAACUUCCAGCUGCAGACUCCAAAAGUUCCAAGAGGACUGAUAUGGAGAUCCGCAUCAACGGACAGCAUAUCGAUAACUUCCAGAUGUGUGAGACUCGUCUGACAGAAUAGACUUUGAAAGUGGUAUUUUUUUCUUUUUCAUUGGACUAAACUAUCAUGUCAAUAUCUUCUUUUUCCUCCCCAUUUCCUUAUAUUCUCCCCCCCCCCCCACUCAAUAAUUUUGACUUCAGAAAUGUGUGCAGAAUAAAGAGCAUAGUGUGUUCAUGGUGAUGAGCCACUAGAUUAACUGCACAAAAACAGUCAGGGACAAGCAGCACUACAAAAAUUCUGGGAAAACAGAAGUGCUACCUGCUGAAUUCAGUAGACUAUGAUUAAAACUGCACUGACCCUGAAACAAGAGACUUUAAGACUCACCGUCUGGCAAAAACCUAAAGUACAGGAGAGUAAAAUCUGUAGCAAAAUGGACAAAACUUUAGUGAACUAUCUCAGCUAAAAAGAAUUUUCACCUGGAAAGCUCAAGAGCCCUCAGAUUCUUUGAAUUAGUUAUGACUUGCUAUACGGUUACAAGAGAAUAAUGCUGAUGUCUAAACAUGCCAUGAAGAAUGUUGCUAGUAUUUUCUGUGGCAAUGAAAUUGCAAGCCUGCUGUGCUUGUUUAUUAAGAAAAAUCACAAGCAUUUGCUGAAGCAUUUGUUCCAGCAGCUAAGAACAAGUUCAACAUCCGUAGGCAUUUCUGGGUUGAAAGUGAAUGACAAGAAUCUUAAUAUGUAUUAGACUCUUAACACUCUGAACCUGGACUCUUUUCACAAUUAAAAACAAGCUAUAUAUUUAGCAGAAGAACAAAAUUGAUUUGUAAUUCU